AUGAUGGAGAGAACUGUCAGAGCAUUGCGAGUUCAAGGUCCGGGUCAUGGUAGAGAAGUAGAAAUUACAUUCGGCGAAGAGCAUCUUCAUGCAAGUGGUGUUUUCGCUAAUGUUUAUUCAGCUAGAUUGUACAGACCUGUAGAAAUGAUCGUUGCAAUCAAGAAAACAUGGCCAGGUAAAGGAUGGUCGGUAAUUAACCCAGAAGUCUACUAUCUAUCUCGAAUGAAGCAUCAAUGCAUCGUAACACUUCUCUACCAUUUCACUCUAAAAUCAAAUAAUGAGACAUGUCACUGCAUGGUUUUUGAUUACUUACCCACAGAUAUGGGCAAACUGCGAAUGAGCAAAAUAGGUCGUCGUUUCCCUCUCCUGGAUGCUAAAUUAUACGCCUUCCAAAUGUUCUCAGCUAUAGACUACGUGAAUGCCUUAGGCAUUGCACACCGGGAUGUCAAGCCAUCUAACUUGAUUGUUGAUGACGAAAAAGGAAUCUUGAAAUUGGCUGAUUUCGGCAGUGCCAAAUUAUUAAGAGAAAGCGAAGAAAAUACACCAUACCAGGUGACACGUUAUUAUCGUGCACCGGAACUGAUAUUCGGUUCGACUAGGUAUUCAACAGCAGUGGAUGUCUGGGCAUGUGGUUGUGUGUUAUCCGAAUUUGUUACCGGUAAAGUGCUCUUGCAAGGAAGUACUUGGCAGGACCAAGCUCGACUAGUUAUCGACAUAUUUGGUUAUCCGAGCACGGAGCAAUGUCAGGCAAUGAAAGUAAAAAAACCACGAUACGCCCGAAAACGUGCCCGUAGUUUGCGAGUUAUAUUAAAUGCUUGCGGUGCACCAAAUGAUAUGAUCCAGUUACUCCAAGCUAUCCUUGUUUAUGAACCUCAUCUAAGACUUAAAGGUAAUGAUGUGCUCCGACAUUCAUUUUUCAAUGAUUUACGGAAAAUACCGCUACCAGUACGAAGUAAUGGACGAGUGAUACCACACCUAGAUUACACCAUUUAUCAACAGAGUACACAAAAAACGAAUUCUGAUGAAACGGACACUGACAGUUCGGAUGAAAAGGAGAAUGAGUCAUUAAAAUGA